CGUCCUCCUCUCCGCCCUGCACGGUGGACUGCAGCGUGAUGUGCACACAAGCGAUGGGAAUAAGUGCGUAGACAGCCUGCGUGCCUCAACCAUCCCUGUGAUUUGUAGAUCAGUGACAGAGGACGCACUUGUUCCGACGUAUGUGAACUGCACCCCGGUGUAUUUGGAUGCAAAGUCAGCCCACAGACUGACAGCUCGGUGCUCGAAAUGUCACGUCUUUUUUGGAAAUAAAGCCUGUUUGAAUACGACGGAUCUCCGGACAGCUGGCUGAACAGCGCGGACAGUGACUCCCGGGAGCGUUUUACUUUGUCGCCAAAUUUGGGUUACUGACCUGGAUGGUGCCUCUUACUCGGAUGCAACCACACGCCCAUGCGACGAUGUCGGUGGAUGUUGCUGCCCUCAGUGUGCAGGUUAGGUUACAGUAAACGCUAAUUGUUUACGUAUUAAAAUAAAUCUGUUUGGGGCGGAAGACGCAAGCAGGGACUGGAGGCCUACAAUGUUUUUACAGCACAUUAUGUAAUAUAUAACCGUAUUCUAUUAUUAUUAUUAGAUAUUAAGACGGGGUGUUGAUUUAUUGAUAAAGAAAACAUGGAGCCGGAGUGGAUCAUUUCAUCGCCUUAUUUCAUCUCGUCCACUCGGAUCAGAGAUACUGUAAUGCUGCGCUGCCUCCAUGCAAACCUCCGUUAACAAUAUUUUCCACCUUGUUGCCACCGUGUGAUGGUUUCUGUCUCUCCUAAAGAAGCCGUGGACAUUUUAAAAAAGAAAAACCCCUCAACUUCGCCAACAAGACUGUUGAUUGAUGACCUGACACUAACCAUGCGUGCUCUUGAGGCAGCAGGAUAAUGAUAAACGCUGGCAUCCUUUUAUUGUCUCCAGUGAAGAAGAGUUUCUUUUCUAACCGAGGAUGUGUCACCAUCACAAAUGUAGCCCGUCAGAAGAGGCGACUGAACCAGGCCGCUGCACAGAGACGGAGGUGGGUUUGUUGUGCUCAGACUUGGCUGGAUGCUGAACAUGGUGCCACUUUACAGCUCUGUAUUGAAUACCUGCCGAUCUGCCGCCGUCGGCUUGUUUCUGUAAUUCCCCAGCUGUCUUAAAAUGGACGGGGCCUUUUUGAUAAAGGCUAUUCAGGGACGUUGAACCGGCUCAUCAUGAGUGGCCAUGCAUGCGGGAUUUAGCCUGGACCGGCUUGUCGGGAUGUAGGGCGAAUAUCCGCGGAUAUUUCCAAACACAGUAUAGAAGAGAGGAAAACAGCCCUUGUUCAUGGAGAUGGCUGGCGGGGGUGGUGCAUCUACACUGGGCUGGAUGAGAAAUAAUGAGGACCCCUGCUCAGAGGAUUUCGCUCAGCUCAAACAUAGACUGCGGUUUUUAUUGGCAGCCUAAAUAGUCCACAUUUCAUGCUAAAUUUAAUCAGUUGUGGUUUUAAUAUCACCUCUGAGUGUUUCUGUAGCUCCCAAAGUCAAGUUGUCAGUGGGCUGAUAUUAAUUACAGAAGAGGUUCAAAACUAUAAAUCACUGUUAAAUUAAGUCUACUUAAUUGUAACAGCAAUAUAGGGAAUUAUUAUUAAGUAGGCUAUGUAACUGUUUUAUUAAUUGUAAGCAGCAUUUGAGAGACCAGUGAGAGAAAUAAUGUCUGGAUUUAAUUUCGCAACUCGCUCACUGAUCAGGGUUUCAUCAGAGCUGCUGCUUCUGAGAUAAACACAAAAUCAAGUCUCCUGUGAGAGUAGACGCUUUUUUAUAAUACACAACUGUGGAAACAGUCAAUUAGGUUUCGGGGGUGGGGGGGGGGAGGGGAGGGGGUGGGAAGCUACAGUCAUGGAUCUGCUCUGCUGAGAGUCAUUGUUUGACCUGAUGUACAUUGUCCCUGAGUGAACUUGCCUUUGGGAAUACAUGUUACUUACACACUGCGUAGCAACAGCACAGCAGCAACCGGUGACAGGAUUUGGCAGAGUUUCAACAGCGAGAUGUGGUGAUGGGGGAGAGCAGUUGCAGCUCUCUGGUCCUCUGAUCCCCUCUCCCCUCCACUGGUGGUCGAGGACACCGCGUCUCUGUCAAUGGGCCCUGUAUGGAUUUUGUGCCUGAGUUGACAGGGGGCAGACCUACAGCGUCAAACAGCAGUCAGGCUGCCAUGAACCCAUACGGCAGAGCGAGCAGCACGGCAGCCCCCCUGUCCUGCACCAGCUGUGGGGGCUGCUGCUCCCCGCCUCCCCCUUGCCUAAUCCCACUCGGGGCCCCCUCCUCAACUACCUCCUCCUCCUCCAUGCCCCCGAAUAUGACCCCUCCGCCACCGAUGUGUCCGGCCCCGGUCGUGCAGGUGGAGAAUGGAAGCAGCUGGAACUCCUCCACCAUCUCCUCCUCCGGCUCCCCAGACUCCCACCCUGGUCACCGCUGUGGGGCCAAGAACCCAAACCCCUACUGGACAGCAGUGUUCGACUAUGAGGCCACAGCAGAUGAGGAGUUAACCCUGCGGCGCGGGGACCUUCUUGAGGUUCUCUCCAAAGACUCCAAAGUGUCUGGGGACGAGGGCUGGUGGACAGGCAAGAUCCAGGACAAGGUGGGUAUCUUUCCAUGCAACUAUGUCACGAGGGGGGGCGCUGCCAACUACCAGCAACUGACCGCAGGAGGGCUGGUGGCAGGCGGGGUGGGUGACUGCCCCGUGGAGAUAGACUUCUCAGAACUGCUCCUGGAGGAGGUAAUUGGAGCUGGUGGAUUUGGGAAGGUGUAUAAAGGAGAAUGGCGAGGAGAAGAAGUAGCAGUAAAGGCUGCCAGGCAAGACCCUGAUGAGGAUAUUAGUGCCACAGCAGAGAGCGUGCGGCAGGAGGCCAGGCUGUUCUGGAUGCUCCGGCACGCCAACAUAAUCGCUCUCCGUGGGGUCUGCUUGCGGGAGCCCAACCUGUGCUUGGUGAUGGAGUACGCCAGAGGGGGUGCUCUGAACCGAGCACUUGCUGGAAAGAAGGUUCCUCCGAAGGUUUUGGUGAAUUGGGCGGUCCAGAUUGCCACAGGGAUGGACUACCUGCACAACCAGGCAUUCGUACCCAUCAUCCACAGAGACCUCAAGUCCAGCAAUAUCCUCAUCCUGGAGCCAGUAGAGCGGGAUGACUUGAGCGGGAAAAUCCUGAAGAUCACAGACUUCGGUCUGGCCAGAGAGUGGCACCAGACCACCAAGAUGAGUGCAGCGGGGACCUACGCCUGGAUGGCCCCCGAGGUCAUCAAGCACUCCCUCUUCUCCAAGAGCAGCGACGUGUGGAGUUUCGGCGUGUUGCUGUGGGAGCUGCUGACCGGCGAGGUUCCCUACCGGGAGAUAGAUGCUCUGGCGGUAGCUUACGGUGUUGCCAUGAACAAGCUAACGCUCCCCAUCCCCUCAACGUGCCCUGAACCUUUUGCUCAGCUGCUGGGAGAGUGCUGGAGCCCAAACCCCCGCAGCAGGCCCUCCUUCACCAGCAUCCUGAGCCGACUGCUGGCCAUCGAGCAGUCGGCCAUGUUUCAGAUGCCUCUGGAGUCCUUUCACUCUUUACAGGAAGACUGGAGGCUGGAGAUCCAGCAGAUGUUUGACGAGCUCCGGGCCAAAGAGAAGGAGCUGAGGUCUUGGGAGGAGGCGUUAGCUCGAGCAGCCGAGGAGCAGAGGGAGCAGGAGGAGCAGCUGAAGAGGAGAGAGCAGGAGCUGGCGGAAAGGGAGAUCGACAUCGUGGAGCGAGAGCUGAACAUCAUCAUCCACCAGGUGUACCAGGAGAAACCCAGCGUCAAGAAAAGAAAGGGCCACUUCAAGAAGAGCAGAUUGCUGAAGCUGGGCCGAGACAGCAACUGCAUCAGUCUGCCCUCUGGCUUUGAGCAUAAGAUCACAGUUCAAGCGUCUCCCAGCGUGGACAAGAGGAAGACUCAGGGGAGCGAGAGCACCACCCCGCCUGCCAGCCCGGGGGUCAUACCCCGGUUGAGAGCCAUAAGAUUGACACCGAGCGAUGGCAGUAAGACGUGGGGCCGCAGUGCAGUGUGUAAGAAGGAAGACCUGUCGAACGCCAAGAAGAAAGGACGCACCUGGGGGCCGAGCUCCACCCACCAGAAAGAGAGGGUCGGCGGGGAGGAAAAACUGAAAUCACUGGGUGAGGGAAGCAAAGUUUGGUCCUCCAGUGCACCAAAUCUGGGCAAGUCCCCCAAACAUGCACCCAUGAGCGCUGGCUUCUCCAGCCUCAACGAAAUGGAGGAGUGCUGUGAGUUUGAGGAGUCACCAGGGUCCUUGCUGCCCUCAGAUACCAGCAGUAACGGGGCUGUGGAGGACCCAGGGUCCCUGUGGGGCAGCCAGGGGCCCAACACUGUGCCUGCUCUUGGUAAUACGAGCUCCUGUCAGGGGCCCGGCGGGUUGGGGAUGGGGGCGAGCCACCAGGACUCGCUCCGUCGCUGCAGCCAGAGGAAGAAGAGUGAUAUGUUGCUGUUGGGUUGCGCCUCUCUGCUCGCGUCUGUUGCCCUCGGACAAGACCUGCUGCAGCUGGGGAAACUACAGGUGCUUCAGGAUGAGCAGGACCUCAGAGAGGAGCAGCGUAAGAAGAAGGAGGGUCUCUUCCAGCGGACGGGACGUUUCCGUCGCAGCACCUCUCCGCCCAGCCGAAACCUCUCCCUCUCCCUCUCUAGACAUCACGACUCAACACUCCCCUGCAUGGACCCUUCUCCCUCUGUUACACUCCUCUCUUUGUCCUCUCUGUCUGACUGCAACUCCACCAAGUCCCUUCUUCCCUCCGACCCAGACGAGUACCCCCUGACGCCGAUGACAGGGGUCAAAACACCGGCGGCGCCACCGGCUCCUGCCCUCAACCCGCUCUUGGACCUGCGGGCGGAGAGCUUCAAGAAGGAGCCCAACCAGUCGCUCACACCCACCCACGUGUCUGCAGCCAUGGCCCUGAACAGAGGACACAGACGGACCCCUUCAGACGGGGCAAUACGACCCCGAGCUCAAACUCUGGGACACCACAGGACGCCGUCAGAUGGAAGCAUGCCCAUGCCUCCUCCGCCGGGAGCUCCACACAAAACUACUAACAAAGGUACACAGGACACCCUGGACAUCCCCCGCCUCCCUGACCCCUCCACCAUCUUCCCAGUCCCCCAUCGACGUAAAGCCCCAGCUCCACCGAUCCCUGACCCAGAUCCUCUCUGCCUCAUCAGCCCCCUGGAGAGACCCAAGACGCUGGAGUUUGCCCCCCGGCCACGGCCCACCCCGGUCAGGAUGAGAGCCGACCCCUGGAAGCUGGGCUCUCUCUCCCGGACCCUCAGCUCGUCGCCGGGUAGCAGCUGUGACAGCCCCCUCGGUUCAGGGGACAGCAACGCCAGCACCGCACGACCCAACCUGAUGGACAUGGACGUGGAGGGCCAGAGUUCGGACCCCACCGUUCCUCUGUGUGGAAAGCGGCAGCCUGCCACUCUGUGUGGACAACAAUACUCGUAGUGACAAACAGCAGGUGAACAUUUCCAAGUCUACUGCUUUGCAUUCAAACCUGUUCCAGGACAUUAGAGCUCGGGCUGAAUAAGGAAUGCCUACUGAUUUCUGAGCCGAGCUAAGUUUGCAAAGACAUCCCACUUCUUGUCAUGUUUCAGGCACUUACUGGAGGCCGUUCCUCUCAUGUGCCCUUGUAGUGUCCUAAUAAGGUGUGAAACCCUUACAGCAAGCCUUUCCCUGAUAGUGCUCUCCAACCUGCACGGCACUGAGGGUCCUAGAGGCCUUUUAAAAGCCUUGUAGUGUGCUCACCCACCUACCUUACCCAACACUUCUUUCCCUCCUUGGAAGUGGUGCUUCUUAGUGUGUCAUGACCAGCUUGCAUUUCCUACAAGACUCACGACCUUCAAAAGCCAUUCAAAUACUUAAAAAGCCACUUUUUUGACUUUGCUAAAUGUUCAUUUCAACCCAUCUGCUUCCGCUUUUGCCUGUCCACUUUCUGCUUGCAACUGUUCUGUCUCUCACAUAAAGACCGCAGAAAAAUGUUCAUUCACAUUUCACCAAAACAUUCAUUGUUUCAGGAGUGUUUCCCAGACAAAAAGCUGGAGCUGGACUGUUUAAAAUUCUUAAUAGAGAGUGUCCUUGCACGUUGUUUGUUCUGCCAGUGCACAAACAUCUCCCAUAAACUCUCCUUUGUCAGCUCUGCCUUCAUCCUCACAUGUGUCAUCUCUGCACGGGGGUCAUCAUCCAUCUUCCCUCCAAGACUGAGACAGGAAAAAACCUUUUUCUCACUGCAAUGGUGGACUGGUUACAUCCUCAGCCUUGUACAGUAAAAAACAGAGUUUAUUUUCUCAGUGCUUGCAACCAUCCCUACCGCAACCUGUUAGCAAAAAUGUUUUUCUGUUGGUUCUGCAGACCAGGUGUGUUUCUCUCUGUGUGAAUGUGUAUAUAUUGCUGUAGAUGUGUGGAAGAACAAAAUGGGUUUAUUUAUUUUUUUGCGUGCUUGUGCUUUUUCAGUGCAUGUUGUUUCAUGUGUGAAGCGUUCGCUGUACGCUACUUAUUCAAAAUAACACGCUUUCUCAUGUUUUUAACAUGUUUUUUAAUUUUAUUUGUCGAAAUAAUUCCUCACUAUCAGCCAGUAGCACUCUGUACUGUAUGGAUCCCCGUUCACGCCACUGAAAUGGACCCAAAAGAAGGAAACACUGAGGGACAAUGACUUGUUGGACCUUUUGGACGCUUCAUAUUCUCUUCUGACCUCUUGUAUUCAACAUCAGUGGCACUUUAGGAGCCAUGUUGUGCAACUAGUUAGUCUCUCUGUGGACUAGUGGACUCUAGUCACGGCUGACAAAUCAACCUUUAUCUGCGGAGUUGUUUUCGCACAGUGGACAGUUCGUCUUGGCUGCAGGUGGCAUUUACUUGACAGUGCACAUUUCUGAGUGCGUCUGUGUGUGUGAAUAUGCGUGUGUGUGUUUGUUAUUAUUUGUAUGGGAUGAUGACGAUCCCAUCGGUAGAAGAGUGAGCCCAAACUCAUUCUCCUCGUGUGGUUAAGAACACUGAGUAUUUAUUACAUUUAUUGUUAUUACUGGAAAGGAUUCAUUAUUAUAAUUAUGAUGCUCUUCCUGGGAUAUCUGUAUAUAUUUGUUAAUAUAACAGGAAAAACCAAGGAAAACCUGGAAAACUGCUUAUUGAAACAUCCAUGUUGUCUCCAGUCUCAACCUGUGACAUUUCUGGGUUCAAUGAGGAAUAAAGUUUGAAAUGUGAUAAAUGAGAGACGAAUAAAAAAACAAAGAAAGAUG